UUACGUUUUUGUUUGGCUAAGAAAUUCAAGCGGCUGCGAAAACAACAUAUACUCUUUACAGCUAAAGAAAAUAUUUGUAGAGUGCAACUCGAUAAAGAGUUCCUCGAUUCAGACAACAAAACAAUUCGAAAUGACCAUCUUCAGUAUUCUCCCAAUUCUUGCAUGAUGGUGAAAAAUAAGCCACGGCGUUCUUUCAUAGGGUUUCAGGAUUUCACAGCAUCUACUCAUUCCGUCAUGGAGAGUGGCAAAGUAAAAGAUUCCGAAGAUAAGGACAUGUGUGACAUCACAGGUCAUCUCGGUCCAUGGCAGAUGCGAUCUUUUACUAUAUUUCUUUUCAUAGCAUUUUCAUGCAGUUGGCACAAUCUAAUCCUUACCUUCCAGUCUCCUAAUGUUUCUUAUUGGUGCAAAUCAACUUAUAAUGCAAGUACCGUCUGGAAGCAUGAUAAGCAUUCUGAAUGUUAUGAUGGAGAAAAUAAAUGUGAAUCUUGGGUCUAUGAUGAAUCAAUUUACAAAAGCACUAUUGUUAGUGAGUGGGACCUUGUCUGCGACAGAAAAUGGCUGACUUCUGUAGCGAAGUCCAUUUACAUGUUUGGACAUCUUGUUGCUUGUGUGGCAUUUGGACAACUUUCAGAUCGGAUAGGUCGCCGGCCUGUCAUCCUGUUGUGCUACUUCUUGUUCUUUUGGUGUUCCGUGGCGACAAUCUUCGUCAACUCGAUUGGAAUAUUCAUUUUUCUAAGAUUUUUCUUAGCACUGGGUGUCACUGCUGCGUAUACAACAGCAUUUGUCAUUGUAAUGGAAGUCAUGGGUUCAGAGGUGCGACCCCUGUAUGGAGUAGUUGCUAAGUUUGGUUGGACGCUUGCUUACGUAUCUUUGCCAAUUGUCGCAUGGUUCAUCCGAGACUGGCGUCAGCUGCAGAUUGCCAUAACUUUACCAUGGGUGGCAAUGAUUCCGAUGUGGUGGUACCUGGAGGAGUCUCCCAGAUGGCUUUUGACUACGGGUCAGGUUGAACGGGCCGAGGUUUUACUGUUGGAGGCCUGCGAGAAAAAUGGGAAGAGGCGAGAAGAAGUACAAGUCCCUAUCUUGAAAUUGUGUUCCAGAACACUGAAGGCAGGUAGGAGGCGACCUCGCCCGUAGUUAAGGCAUUCACGA